GGCCCGGCGCCAACCCCGGGAGCGGCCGGGCUGUGGGAGGCGGAGCCCUGCCCAGCAAGAUGGCGCUGUCCGCGUUGUUGCGGUCCUUCUCGAAGCUGCUGGCCCCGGUCAGGCUCCAGAACGGCUCUCCAUCGAGAUCAAAGUUCUACAUUCGGGAACCGCCACAUGGCAAACCUAACUGGCUGAAAGUUGGACUGACCUUGGGCACCUCGGGUUUCUUGUGGAUCUAUCUCAUCAAACAACAUAAUGAAGAUGUUUUAGAGUAUAAAAGAAGAAAUGGGUUGGAAUAAACUUUUGAAAUAUUGAUACAGUAUGUUCCAUAUAGGGAUUAUAGCAGUUCCUCUGGAUUCAUCAAUCUGUUGAGUUGUAAACAUGAGAGAAAGAGUUAUAUGUGGAUAUAUGUUGUCAGCAUUUGUGUUUUAAAUAAUUAAAUUUUUGAAAACUU